GUGGGUGCUGCUGUCGACCUUUCAGUCUGCACACGUGAACGCAAGCAGCCGCGCCACUACGCCGUGACUCACUCCGAGCUGGUCGCAGCUUUGUGGGACCGUAGCGGCUUGUCAGGCCAGUUCGCUGAGUGCAGAGGGCUAGAAAAUCAAAGUGGGAGCGUUUCCUGAUUAUUAUUAAAAAAAAAAAAUCCACGCUCUCUGCGGGAGGUAGUUGGCAGUAGAGUAAUAAGUGCAGUAGUAGUAAUAGCGGUGUUGCUAUUUGGUCGUGGUUUGUUCCGAGAAAGUAUUUUAAAAGGGGGCAACAGAUGUUUGUGGGAAUGCGGCCAGCAGAGGAAUGAGAGCAGCGAGGCACCGGCGGCCCUUCCAGCGGUUCUGCUGCUGCGGAGUCGGGCUGCUCUCCGUCUUGUGGUUCGCCCAGGUCAUCCGCGCACCGGCCGAGACUUCUGGGUCUGGUCAAGGCGUGGAAGGCAACACGUUGCGAUGGACACGCCGCCUCAUGCAGAUGUCCGGCAACCAGACUGAGGCUGAACACAGAGCAGCUAUCCACGAGUUUCCAAAAGACAUCUUCAACAAGGAGCAGAGAAAGAAUGGAGCCGUCUUGUUGCAUGUUCUCUGUGCCAUCUACAUGUUCUACGCGCUGGCCAUCGUCUGCGAUGACUAUUUUGUUCCUUCACUUGAGAAAAUAUCGGAGAAUUUACAACUGAGCGAGGACGUUGCCGGGGCGACGUUCAUGGCAGCAGGAAGUUCUGCUCCGGAGCUCUUCACAUCGCUCAUUGGUGUCUUCAUCACUAAAGGUGACGUCGGCGUGGGCACCAUCGUAGGCUCGGCCGUCUUCAACAUCCUGGUCAUCAUCGGACUAUGUGGCAUCUUUGCGGGACAGACGGUGAAGCUCACAUGGUGGUCUUUGUUUCGAGACUCCUCCUACUACAUCCUGUCCGUGCUGGCGCUCAUCGGGGUCAUUUAUGAUGCUGUGGUCGUCUGGUGGGAGUCUUUGCUCCUCAUGACCAUGUAUGUGAUCUACAUCAUCAUUAUGAAGUUCAACACUCGCCUUCUGACAUUUGUGACGCAACGGUUGCGGCACACCAGGCCAUGUUGCGUGGCAUCGGAGGAUCGCAGGGAGGAGAAAAUGGCAGAUGACACCUCAGCAGGUCACACCGCCAUGGCCCUCCUAAAUAAAGCCCAAGUCCAUAAUCAGGAGAGCACCCCAGUCAUCAUGGUGGACGAGCUUCUCAUAGUCAGCCCUCACAAGCUGUCCUUUUCUGACGCCGGCCUGCGCAUCAUGAUCACGCCACACUUUUCUCCUCGCACCAGACUUUCCAUGGCUGGUCGUGUGCUCAUCAGCGAGAGACAGAGGCUCAUCCGGAGUUCCAAGAGCCCGCGAUCCAGCGGGGCUGGUCUCGGGUCCCGAGGGGCCUCCGCCGCCAACAGUCUGAAGAGGGCGGGCUCCUGCAGUUUGGAGAACGGUGGCGGAGUAGGACACGUGGAGUCCGGAGACAAGCUGGGGGCGGAUGAAGACGACGAUGGCGUGUUUCACCCCUUGCGCUUCCCAGACGGCUGCUCGGCCAGAGUCAAGUGGGUCAUCACUUGGCCGCUGGGCCUGCUGCUUUACUGCACGGUGCCCAACUGCAUCGUACCGCGCUGGCAUCGCUGGUUCAUGGUCACCUUUGUGGCCUCCACGCUGUGGAUCGCUGUCUUCUCCUACCUCAUGGUGUGGAUGGUCACCAUUGUGAGCUUCACCUUAGACAUCCCAGACUACAUCAUGGGCAUCACCUUCCUAGCAGCAGGGACUAGCGUGCCCGACUGCAUGGCCAGCCUCAUAGUUGCACGACAAGGCAUGGGGGACAUGGCCGUGUCCAACUCCAUCGGCAGCAACAUCUUUGACAUCUUGCUGGGUUUGGGCUUCCCGUGGGCUCUCCGCACUUUGGUGGUGGACCACGGCUCAUUCGUGCCCAUCAAUAACAAAGGACUGGUGUAUUCUGUCAUCCUGCUGCUGGCAUCUGUGUUCCUCACCGUGACGAGCGUUCAUCUAAACCACUGGCGGCUGGAUCGUCGCCUCGGUCUGGGUUUGUUGUUCCUUUACGCCAUCUUCCUGCUCUGCUCCAUCCUCUUUGGGCACAUGUGAAGUUAAGUGGCACGGCACCCCCACCUCAUUCAGCCUUUUUACUCAAACCAAAAGAAAGGUUUGCUUUCCUAACACACUUGAGUCUUUUAACAGCAGCACUUUUUGUUACUUGGAUUUCUUAGUUAGUGUUUAAAAGUACCGCCGUGGUUGUUCCUCAUCUAUCCAGAAAAGGAAGCAGUAUUUAUUGUUCAUUCUCGUCUAUAUUUGAGUGUGUUAGUUACAUAAUGAAGCAGCAAUCUAUGAGGUUAUUUGAUGAAAAGGCACAUUUUCAGCAUGUAUUGGUACAAUUUAAUCAUGAAUGUUAUGUGAUUGGCCUAUUAGAGGUGUUAUGAAUAGACAGUUAUAUAUUUAAUGCCUGUCACCAGCUCUGAUGAGUAAGUUAGUUUAAAUAGUCACACUGAGGUACGAUGAAUGAUUGACUUGUAUGAGUCGAAUCCAAUGAAUUCACUUUGGUGGAAUAUUUGAAUUAUUAAGCACAAACGUUCACCGGUACUUCAUGCAUAAGUAUUGUUGCUUUAUCCUGCUGCUUAUUAAUUCAUAAAAUAAAAUAUAAUAUAAAUAAGCAAUCUGAUAAGUAUAGGUUACCCUAAACCUAACCCUCUUAAAUAAGCCAUCUCAUUUUGGUACAAAAGAUAUUAAAUUUAAGACUUAAAUGUUCCACUGAAGUGAUUUGGUUUUUACAUGGGUGUAUCAUUAUUCUGCUUAAUUCCUUGCCAAAAGUUUAUUUUGAAGUGUUAAAUCAUUGACUUAAAUUUGAAGCAAUGAAGGUCUCAGUAGUUUUGUUGUGUUUUUAGAAAUUAAACGGAAGAUUAAUGCAUGUUUCAGUGUGUAGAAUAUUUUAAGUUCAUUGAUAUGUUCAAUGGUCUGAAAAUAUUUUAGAUUUAAAAUUUUUGUGAACAGAACUCUUGAGACUGAAAUAAAAAGGAAAGCAAAUAUUGAAUGUUUAGGCAAUGUUAAGUUUAUUCAAAUGUGAUGGGGUAAUUUUUUUAUUAGGCAUUGAUCUAGACUGUUAUGAGUGCAAUAAAAUAAUGCGACAAUA